AAUUGGAUUUCUCUCACCGAUGAUCUACAGAGCGACCACAGCAUGCCAUCGUCUGUUCUGAAUAGCUUCGGGCACGGCACAAGUACGGCAGUCGUAUUGACCGUCGUGAAGUCUCUGCAACAGCAACAUGAUGCAGAACGCAUUAACAAGACAGCCGAUCUGUUGUUCGGAGUGCAACUUGAGACAGACAGGGAUGUUCAAUGGACAAUGGAAGUGCUAGGUUUUGGACUGACUUUACCAUUGGAAGAAGAGGCGACCCUCAGGGCAUGCAUUGAUAUCUACAAAGACUGGUUGUCUCCCCUAAUUGGUCAGCCUGUGCAUUCUGUCCCAAAGCCAGUGUUGGAAAGUCCCGAGCUGUAUGCUCAAAAGAUUAUCAACCAGUAUUCUGCCGUGUUUUCUCCAAGGAAAGGGCACUUGGGCAACGCGUCCGGCAUUCGUCUUCAUGCCACCUUGUGUCGUCAAGUUCUUGCCACCGUACACACUCUGGCAUGUAAAGGCACGCUCUCUCAGUUAACGUGGGAGUGUAUUCUCAAAUUCAUGCUCAAUGUGUGUCAUCGUGUGUUGGCUCCACCAACCAAACCAGCCGGAUUCGCCGAGCAUCUAGCCGAUCGUCUGAUAGCUACUCUGUUUGAUGUGUUUCUUCGUUCGUGUGAGCACUGUUUUCCAUCGCCGCCAUUUUGGCUUACUCUGCAAGAGAUGUGUUGUAUGUGGCGGCAUCACCAUCAAGUGGUAGAACAGUGGAGUAAAACAGUCGUCGAACUGACUCUGAAUGUCAUUCAGAUUCUCUACGGUCCAUCGUAUGGGCGUAAACUAAAACUUAUUACCGAGGAUGAUGAACAUGUUUCAUUGAGUAAAAUGGCUAACGAUUGUAUCACUCAGUGCUGGUUUCGAAUGCUACACACACUUGGCAAUCUUGUUGAUCUUUCACAUCCUGACGUCAUUGCCAGUAUGCCUGCCUUUCUUGAAGAGGCACAACGAAAAGAGGAUACCCUUGCUCUUCGUGACCACGUGUGUCUUCGUCAUCUUCCAAGGAUCUUCUUUAAAGCCAUGAGAGGCUUGGCAGCUAACAUAGAUGCAUUUCUAACAAUUGGUACUUCAGAAGAAAUCUGUUCCCCUACUGAUCCCGUGUCGCCGACAAAGAACCAGCCAGGAUUAGGAACACCGACCAAAUCAAAGCUUGUAAAGCGAAGUACAACUGGAUCACUUUCUGUUUCUGAACAGAACAGGAAUGUCCAAACUGGCAAUCAAUUUUUAUCACCACAGUUUCCUACUGUAGAGUUUUCUCGGCCUGAUGGUAACAGCCUUCUCCAUCUGUUUGGCAAGUGGUUAUUUGAGGCAACCAUUACUACUGUACCAGAAACAGAAACAACCAAGCCUCGUCUAACAAGAAGCUUGACGGGAAAACCAAGUUUGACGAAACGAGAUUCUGCUACUGACUUGCUGACAGUUCUACAUGAUUUAACACAUCACGAUGAUGCCAUCUCAAGUGCUACUUUUGAAGCCGGUAGAGCAGAAGCAUUUGGAGCUCUUUGCCGCAUCUUUUGUAAACAGAAGUGUGCAGUUCCGUUCAAUCCUGUCUACCUGGCUAGGUUUUACCAUGCAAUAGCACAUGGUCUCCAGUAUAACAAAGAGACAUGCACUGGUCAAGUACUGACGAGCAUCCUCAUGAAUUCGACAUCAUUGUUCCAAAAUGAUUUGGUUGGUGUUCAUGUCUUGUUGCCACACUUUGUCUCGGCUUUGGAGAUCGUUUUGCCUGUGAAGAAACAUGAAUUUCGAUUUGCAAUGCCACAACAUGAUCUCAGGCGAUCGUGCAUCAGGCUUACAUUGUCAAUCAUUAUGUUGCCACAUCACUUCAGGGAAUUGCCCAUAGCAGAUGUCACUCAACCUGCAGCAGACCCAGACAGUACAUUUCAGCAGUUGUCACAAACGUAUACAUUUCUUUCAUUCCACGAACGUCUGGCAGCCCUGCUGUUCAGUGCUUUGAGAAUCGAACAGGACCCAGGCAACAUUCACUUGCUUCUCUGCAGCGUUCAACUUCUUGUUCAAGACGCAGCCACGUUUGAAGCUUUGAGUAGAAAAGCAGAGGCUGCAAGUUCGACGUCUACUUCAGAUAAACAACCUCUUCCUAAAGUGGCGAGUGAUACUCAUGUGACAGCUGAUGGUGAGUUUGCAAUCCCAAAGAUUUCUGAUGAUGCCAUUUCUGAGGGAUCAGGUACACCGUUACGAUUAAGGAGGGGACACAGGAGUGCCAAGGGUUGGGAUGCAGCUGGUUUAUUUGUUCGUGCUUGUCGUGAUAUCCCACAGCGUUUCCUUCAUCCAAAGACGGACCUGAGUGUAACACUGUCGGUGCUUGAAUUGUUAGCAAGUCUUGCUCAGCUGGAUAUUCCUACUGUUGAUCCCAGUGAAUGGCAGUUCACAGUCAAGUGGUUGUGUGAUUAUAUUGCGACUCUAGUUGGACAGCCACGUCCCUCACACAUCCGCGACCUUCACUCGAUGAUAGUUGCAGCAUAUCAGUGUUUACAAGCAUGGAUCAUGGCCAAGCAUAGAGUGCUGUGUGAAAAGGAUUCUUUGCAUCAUGUGCUGGAGGUGAUCGAAUUAGGCCUUUCAGGAUCAAAAUCAGAACAUCUACCAUCAGAUACUGGUGAUGGCGAUGGCCCUAAACGACAGCUCAAAGGUGAGAAGGAAAGGCACCCUGUAUCCAUACGAGUGCGAGAAGCAGCGGAAGUAUUGUUCUUCUGUAUCACUGAGCAUUUGGGAUCAUUCCCAUCUCCUUGUGGCCCUGCUGUGGCCUCUUGCCAAGUGACUGAAACAGAGAUGUUGGCUCUCGCAGCUGCAGCGGAUCCAUCAGCCAAAAAUGCAACGCUCCGCUACUUUGUACUUGACAGCAGUACAGUCAUUGGAGUACUAGAACACAGCAUUAGUCCACAUUCUGAUACUAGUCCUCCUACUGUUACUAUCCUUUCACGAACUCCAGCUGGCAAGAGAUGCUGGACUAUGCAGCUUAGACACUGGCCACGGAGUGCAGGAGCUCAAGCCAAUGAUCAUUUAAAGCCAGUCAAAGGUCCAGACCCAAAAUCUGAUGAAGCAAUAGAGCCAACAAUUCUCAAACAGUUCUGGCCAGAAGCAGCUGACUCAAUAGAGCCUAUUAAAGCUGACUACAGCAUCCCAUCUCUUGAUCAGAUUUUAGACUCCCGAACUGAAGUGGAGCAGGCUAAACUUCAUGAUGCUGUCAAGAAGCAGGCAACUGCUGAAGCAGAUGCAUUGACGAAACAUCAUCAGUCUGGAGAUAUUAAAUCUUCCAUGCAAGCUACAAGAGUUGACCCUCCACCCUGUUGUGCGUCUUUUCAAACAUCGAGACUAUUCUUGUCUCAUCUUGGUGUUCUGUCCUUGGAAAAUCUGCAGGCUGCUGCUUAUCGACCACAGCCGGCAUUAGUUUCUCUUGAUAACACAACUCCUGCAUUAGCUGCUGCUUUACAUGAUCUUGACUCGAUGCCGACAAGAAACACUGAGAAUGUCUACGUGCUCUAUGUUCGCACUGGACAGUCCAAACUAACGGAUAUCUUUAGAAAUAAGGGCACUCUUCGUUCGCCACCAUUCCAUGAGUUUCUAUUGUCUCUUGGUUGGCCUGUUGAUAUUCUGUCGCACCCUGGAUGGAAAGGGCCAUUCUCAUCUCCUCGAUUUAAAUUCUGCAAAUUAAAUCCAACGCCGUAUUAUGCAGAUAUCACUGUGGAGAUGUUGUUUGUUGUUCCAUCAUUACAGCCGCAGGUACCAUUCCUUCUAGACAGCUGCACACCUGUAGCCACAGUUGGCUCACCCAAAUUGCCAUCAGUUCAGAAUAUAACAGAUGGAGUUGAACUUAAAGAAGAACUGACUCUAUCAAAUUCAGAUAGAGUUUCACACUCUGCUCCAACCAGUCCUACUGAUCUAGCUGGUCGACGAGCCCACACUGUUACACAAACACCACCAAAUCGACUAGGCCUGAAGAGACCAGGAACACGGCCUACAAAUUCAGCAUCAUCUGAUCUUGCUUUGGGUGUAGUGUGGCUAGAGAGGUUUGAAGAUUAUGAGACAUUUCCAUUAGAAGACUUCAGCCAUGCCAUGAAUAUGCUGGAUAAUCCCAAUGCAAGCACAUCAAGCAGUAUUCAGUUAAGCAAGCAUGGAGUAGAUUGCGUAGUCAUUUUCAUCCAUCCACUCAACACAGGUCUCUAUCGCAUAAAAGUUGCCUCCACAUUGAAUAGGGGUAACUGUGGUGGCCCUCUGUUGGAUGGAAUGGCUGUGAGUCGUCGUGUGUUGGGUCUCUUGGUCAGGCAAACUGUUAUCAAUAUAACUCGACGGAGGAGAUUGGACACUGACAGCUGUGUUCCUCCUCAUGUGCCACGGAAGAGGAAGAUUGAAGAAAUGACCACUCAGUUUGAACAAAAAUAUACAAUUCCUCAAUUUUUUGACAGUCUAUUUGCCCAUGCAUAUACCGCUUCUCAUGAAUAGAGAUAUCAACUGCAACACCAGGGGACCACAUUAGUCCAAUGCUGUGCAGGUUAUGCAUCUUUGUUGUUACAUAUUGAUGAUGUGGUUCCUGACUGAUAAUAAUAAUAGGCUACCACUCCAUGGUUUGGGGGUUCAAACCCCAGUGACGACAGUAAAUUGUGAAACUUGUCUGUCUUUCUUUCUCAUGUUUCUCUAGCUUU